UACAUAAAAUUUCUGGGCUGCAGAGUUUUUUGCAGUCAAUACAGAAAUAUCACAACGGCGACAAUAGAUACAAGAAUACAAUUUACCGACAUAGGGCAGAUACAUAUUUAUACAUCUUGUUUACUUUCUGUUGUUGUGUCCAUCUAACUACACAUACAAUUACACAAGUACUUGAUAAACACUCUGUUAUUUGAGUUGAAGAAAGAGAUAGAUAAAAGAAGAUAUGUCAGAGAAAUUCUCAGCAACGCUAAGGAUUGGAGACCUGAAUGAUUAUAUAGCACCUUCACAGGGCUGUGUUGUUUCUUUGAAUUCUAAACCCACUGAUAGAUUGGGGAACUUAAAAAAGAAUGGUCCGAAGGUUGUGAAUGCUCCUAAAGAAAUGCAAGUGGAGCCGGUAAAGAUUUCACUCAAGGAUUGUUUAGCGUGCAGUGGAUGCAUCACUUCUGCCGAGACAGUUAUGCUUGAGAAGCAGAGUUUAGAUGAGUUCCUUUCAAGUAUCGAUAAAGGGAAGAUUGUAAUUGUCUCUUUGUCUCCCCAAUCUAGGGCUUCCCUUGCAGAGUACUUUGGGCUUUCUUCCCUACAGGUGUUCAAAAAACUAACUACAUUCUUUAAGUCUCUAGGAGUGAAGACCUUAUUUGACACCUGCUGCAGCAGAGACUUGGUACUCAUGGAAUCUUGUAAUGAGUUUAUUACACGGUAUAAGCAAAGUCAUUCAUCUGGUGAUGAUAAAAGUAAAUCAUUGUUACCCAUGAUAUCCUCUGCGUGUCCAGGUUGGAUAUGCUAUGCCGAGAAAACAUUAGGAUCCUAUAUUCUGCCUUAUAUUUCUUCAGUCAAGAGCCCUCAACAAACUAUAGGAACGAUUGUUAAACAACACUUGAGCCAGAAGAUGUCUAUUAGGCCUGAAGAUAUCUACCACGUGACUGUGAUGCCAUGUUAUGACAAAAAGCUUGAGGCUUCAAGGGAUGACUUUGUCUUUGGUGUUGAAUCUCAGAGUGAUGGGACUGUUCUCAACAUAACAGAGGUAGAUUCGGUGUUGACAUCUGGAGAAGUUUUAGAACUAAUACAGUCAAAAGGAGUGGAUUUUAAAGCAUUGGAAGAGUCUCCACUCGACCAACUUCUAACAAACGUUGAUGAAGAAGGGCAGCUCUAUGGUGUUAGUGGAAGUUCUGGAGGAUAUGCAGAGACAAUAUUCAGAAAUGCUGCUAAAACUCUUUAUGGUCAAGAUAUUAAAGAGCCACUGGUCUUUAAGACAUUAAGGAAUUCAGAUUUCCGUGAAGUGAGUCUAGAGGUAGAGGGUGAAACUGUAUUGAAGUUUGCACUGUGUUACGGAUUCAGGAAUCUGCAGAACAUUGUCAGAAAAAUUAAAAUAGGAAAAUGUGACUACCAGUUUCUGGAGGUUAUGGCAUGCCCUUCUGGUUGUCUCAAUGGCGGAGGUCAAAUAAAGCCAAAGCCUGGUCAGUCUGGCAAAGACUUGAUUCAGUCACUAGAGGCCAAAUAUAUAGAAAGUAUUUUGAUUAGUGAUCCUUUCGACAAUCCCCUCGCCAAAAGAUUGUAUGACGAGUGGCUGCAGCAACCUGGAUCAGAACAAGCUAAGAAGCACUUGCACACACAAUACCAUCCUGUGGUGAAAAGUAUCACCUCUCAACUGCAGAACUGGUAACUGGCGCCAAUGAUGUAACUAACCACAAGCGGCCUGUUUACUUUAGACUCAUCCUAACCUUGAGAGUUGGAAUGAAAUUUUGAGGGGCCUGAUAUUUUUUAUUCUUAAUGAAAUCAUUAACUGAAUCCAUGUAGCCUUCAGUCUGAUGUAUAUUCUGUUCUACCUUUGUCAUGACAGCAACACAUAAUACUAGUAAAGAUAUUUAAUUUUAUCUAGCA